CUGCUGAAGUGUGUUGUGGGUGGGGAGGAAUUUGGCAGAAAUCCCUCCUCCGUUCUAAACGGGGUGGAGUUUGUGUAGAGUACAUUAGAGGCAUGGGUUUGUGAACUGAGUUAGUUGCAAAAGAAACAAGCAGAAGGUGAAAUAUUUUCAUUUGUUUGGACAAUCCAUUUUUCCCCAGUGUUGAAACUACAUCUACCUCGAUUUUUUGGCUGUGUUUGCAACUGUUUUGUAAUAAUUAUAAUUUAACUUAAGUACAAAUUUGCACUAUUUCCCCCCUCCCGUCAACUGUUUUGCACUAGUAUUUGGUGAAGAUGCACACUACCCAGAAGGAUACCACCUACACGAAGAUUUUUGUUGGGGGUCUGCCCUACCAUACCACAGAUUCGAGUCUCAGGAAAUACUUUGAAGUGUUCGGUGAAAUAGAAGAAGCUGUGGUGAUUACUGACAGACAGACUGGGAAAUCCAGAGGCUAUGGAUUCGUCACCAUGGCUGACAGGGCAGCUGCAGAAAGGGCCUGUAAGGAUCCCAAUCCCAUCAUAGAUGGCAGGAAAGCCAAUGUAAACCUUGCGUACCUGGGAGCAAAGCCGAGAGUAAUGCAACCAGGUUUUGCCUUCGGAGUUCAGCAAAUCCACCCUGCAUUCAUACAGAGGCCUUAUGGGAUCCCAGCUCACUAUGUCUAUCCUCAGGCAUUUAUGCAGCCGGGAGUCAUGAUCCCACAUGUGCAGCAAACUGCAGCCACAGCAGCAGCCACCUCUCCGUACAUCGACUACACUGGAGCCGCAUACGCACAGUAUUCCGCAGCCGCCACUGCUGCAGCCGCCGCAGCUUAUGAACAGUACCCCUAUGCAGCUUCCCCGGCCGCAGCAGGCUAUGUCACUGCUGCCGGCUACGGCUACGCGGUCCAGCAGCCUCUCGCCGCCACUGCCCCUGGCUCAGCUGCAGCAGCGGCCGCAGCCUUCGGCCAGUACCAGCCUCAGCAGCUGCAGACAGACCGCAUGCAAUAACAGAACAUUGGAUGAGACAGGAAAACAAAAUAAUGAUACAGAAUUAUAAAUAUUAUAUUCCAUGGCCUUACAACUUGCAGUGAUGAUAAAGCAAAACUGUAUGAAAUAACAGCUGACUGUUAUUUUUUGUUUAUUUUAUUAUUUAAAGAGAAAAAGCGGUGUUUAAAAGCAAAAUAUCUUAAUCCCACUGUCUUUUUUAUAAAUACAGUAAUGAUCUAGAAUUGUUAUGACUGUUAGAAGUCUCACCAUGUUAUACAUGUAUACAUAAUGAGACUGGAGGCCCUGUGUCUUUAAAAAAAAAAAAAAUGAGGGCUUUUAAGUACAGUCUACACAAGUGCAUCUACCUUUUCUGGUUAUCAGGGAAAUGCAGUAUUUUCCAGCACUUAACAACUCUGUUUUCAAAAGUGCAAAUCAGGGAAUGAUAGAAGUAAGGAAAAAAACAAAAAACUGUAGCUGUGUCAGAACUACCUUUCAACUUCCAAAUGCUGAAUAUCCUUUCUGACUUUCACUUUGACCUAUGCAAAGGUUUAUUAUUAUAAUUAUUAUUAUUAUUAUUAUUAUUAUUAUUAUUAUUAUUAUUAUUUUCUUUGAGGGCAAAAACAAUAUUUUGAUAUCUUUUAAGGGCAUCGAACAAUUUAAGGCACACAGCCAUUCAGAUAUAUAUAUAUAUUUUUUUUUAAAUGGACAGGCACCAAAGUUGUUUUCUUUCCUCAUCUCUGCAUGAGUGCAACUCUGGAUCCGGUGAUGCGGGGAAAAAUGGGUGCAACAGCUGUCUGGACAAUCAGUAGCACAGACAGCUCUGGAAAGAACGCAUCACUUGUGCUUGUUUGAUGAGCUAUCGCAUUUUUAAUCCCUCUCCCCGUCCUUUUGGGAAACUUUAACUGCUGGUGUCAGCUAUUCCAAUUCUGAAAUAGGAUCAGCCCUUGACGACAUCAGACCUUCUCUUUCUAUUUAUUGCACCUGUCCAUGGCUCUGAAUGAAAUACAGGGAAAAUGUGAAACUUAACCCUUUAAAACCUGCUAUUUUGGUCAACAUGAACAGCAGACACCUUUUGCAUGUUUUGUAUAUUUUCUUGUAAUGAUUGGUACAACAACGCGAUUGAAAUGAAUGUCUACCUGCCAAUAUGAAAUAUCUUAUGCAAAUCGUGCUUUGUUCAAAAAAGCAACACUGUAGUUUUAAGGGUUUAAUAUUAAUAUGUGGCUCUUACUGUGCCUUAUAAUAUUUGUAAUGCUAUUUAAGAAAAAGAAAAUAUUUAUUUUGAAAGUUUGACUUGCGCACUAAAGAAGGGAACUUUAGGUGCGGUAUUGUAUACAUUUAAUAUUAUGUAUUCAUCUCAUGACAUAUAAGUUAUUAAGUAGGUUUUAGUUAUAGAAUAUUAAUGAACAUAUUCAACCAAAAAUGUUGACUAGGGUUUAUUUAAGAUAUGAUACAAAUCUGUAUGUGCACUGUAUAAUGAUAUAUUUUAGAAUAUGACAUUAAAUAUUUACUGGUUUAAUGCCUUUUCUAUGAAAGAUAUUUUAAAUGCAGGCCUGUUACCUAGAAAAUACUCCUUAGAAAUGUUAAGCUAUGAUAAUUACGUUUGCUAGGAAGGAGAAAAAGGCAAAAGCUGCUUGUAUAUUAGAAUGUAUUGUCCUGUAAAGCUUUAAUACUUGUGCUUUUAAUUGUUGAGAUCUUCAUCAAAUGGACUAUUUUACACUGUUGGGAAUUUUUUUUACUUGAACAAUUUCUUACAAGGGAAAACAUGACAAAAAAAUAAGCUUUUUAAGGAAACUUUUCAACGUCACUGGAUUAUGUAAAGUAUUUGGGGGGAAAAGCCAGUGUUAUACAAUUUAAAUGCAACAGUCCUGUUGGUAUUAAAUUUAUGAUUUCAGAUCUUAUAUACUAUUUACACUUACUUAGAAAAUUUAAUAAAAAAAUAUAAUACAAA